AACGCGGGGCCGGUCACGACCGCUAUACAUGACCUUGAGCUCUUAUUCUCCCUUCCAUGGCCGUUUGUGUUCAAUCUUGUCGAGGUGCGUUUUUCGUCUUCUCACAUCGCACCUGGAAGUUUAUUGCCACACUUCUUGGCCAUCGUCGGCUCAGCAAUGGUGCGUGUGCUGCUUUGUUCGGCGACAUCGGCGCUUGCUUACACGAUGGGCGCGGACCUGCGGUUCAUGCAGAUGUCAGUGCAUGGGUCGGGCGGUUCAGAGGCGGCAAAUCUACGGACUGGAAAAUUCAACGAUCCUGGGCGCCGCCUGACACAUCCUCGAGCCCGUUUCUUUAUUGCGAAGGUUACAAUCUUCAAGGAUAUCCAGGUGACGACGAUACCACUGGCUAUUAUUAUUGCCAGAACUAUAGUCCUGGGUCUGGCUCACCGCCAACAGUUGAGCAUGCAGUCAGUGCUGGUACAGCUGGAGUUGGCGAGUGCAGGGCGUUGUGCGACGCAGACAACACAUGCACGUACUUUGCAAAGUAUGGCGCUUAUUGCAACGGUCCAUGUUUGAGUACUUGGGAGACAAGAUGCUUUUUGAUCGCGGACUGCGGUGCCCCCAUUCUAUAUCCAUCCACAGGGUAUUACGGCGCAGUAUACUGUGAAAAGGCACAGACCCCCGCGCCAACACCAGCGCCCACGCCGGCGACGCCCAGUCCGACGCCCAGUCCUACGCCGAGCCCAACGCCCAGCCCCUUUGCGCCGCUUUAUUGUCUGCAGAUUGUCACUGGCACUGCGUCCAACAAUCAAGGCAGCGUGGACGUGAGCGUGGACGUGGGCAGUGGACUUGUGCAAGAGGCCUCCGGUGUCUUUGCCCAAGGUGCAACAGUGCUCUCGAAGUGUUUUUCCAGCGCGAUCCUGGCGCUGCAGAUGCGCAAUCCAACAACGGAUGCCUGGGCAGGCAGCAUGCUGUAUUCCACAGAUGGUGGCAACACAUACGUAUCGGUUGCAUGCGCAGACUGUUCGGGGACUACAGAUUCAGGCUCCAUGGUUUUCGAUGGAAACACCGACGGAGCCAACCAGGGUUCGACUCAGUGCCUCAAUGGAAAUACGUGCAGCUUCAUUAUGCCGACUCUUGCGCCGACGAUGG